AAUGGACGAUAUUCGGGACCAGCCAGGACUUUGUUCUCGUUUCUUCUCGUCUUUAGGGGUUUAUCAAUACUACUUGGAUAGGCUCACUCCGUACACUUCUAUUCGUUGGGUCAUUGCUGUGUCAUUAAUACUCAUUUUUGUUUGGAGAGUUAUUGUUCUUCAGGGAUUUUAUAUCGUCACAUAUGCUUUGUUCAUUUAUUAUUUAAAUUUAUUUCUUGCCUUUCUCACUCCAAAAAUUGAUCCAGCUAUGGAAUUUGAUGAAGAUGAUGAAGGCCCAGUUUUGCCAAAAAGUAAUUCUGAAGAAUUUCGGCCAUUUAUGCGGCGUUUGCCUGAAUUUAAAUUUUGGUUAUCAACAAUGAAGUCAACACUUGUUGCUUUUACUUGCACUUUUUUUGAGGUUUUUGAUGUACCUGUAUUUUGGCCAAUUCUCGUCAUGUAUUUUAUUGGUAUUUUUUAUUUUAUUAAUUCCCUUCACCCCCAAGAAAAGAGCUUGAACAACUUCAAGUUCUGGGUUUCUGACAGUAAUUUGAGGUUGCAUGUCCUAGCACCAAUGUUGACAUGUCUUACAAUGAAAAGACAAAUUAUGCAUAUGAUAAGAUAUCGUUAUAUUCCAUUUACAACUGGCAAACCUCGUCCAAAAGGAAAAGAAGAUAGUGGAAAAGUUGUUAUUGGUUAG